AAUGAAGUGUUAGUGAAUCGCCGCAUCAUCUCGAUUUUGUUAUCGCGUCUUCGAUCGAAAAACUGACAGAAUGUUACGAUAGUCAUGAAAGUGGGCCGUGUGGCCAUCAUCACCCGUGGCCGUUACGCCGGUAAGAAGGUACGACAACAAUCUACUUGAUUUUCUGGCGCUGGAAUACCCAUAUAUACGGAGGACAACGGAACCGGUGUGGAAAAUUUCUCGUCUGCGACAACGGAGAAUUGAAAGAGAUGGGAAUUCAGUGGGAAGACUGCAUGGAUGCAAAGGGUCGAACGAUCGGACGAGGGCGACAACUGCGACAUCGAGAACGAGGAAUAUUUGGUCGGCUGGGAGUCACUGGAUAUAUGCUGACGAGGGUCUCUUUUUGCGAUUUGACAGGUCGUCAUUGUCCAGCCUAACGACACUGGCUCCAAGGCGCACCCCUUCCCUUACGCCAUCGUCGCCGGUAUCGAGCGCUACCCCCUCAAGGUCACCCGCCGCAUGGGUAAGAAGACCGUCGAGAAGCGCAGCCGCAUCAAGCCCUUCAUCAAGGUCGUCAACUACAACCACUUGAUGCCCACCCGUUACACUCUCGAGCUCGAGGGUCUCAAGGGUGCCGUCUCCAACGACACCUUCAAGGAGGUCUCCCAGCGUGAGGACGCCAAGAAGAACGUCAAGAAGGCCCUCGAGGACCGCUACACCAGCGGCAAGAACCGUUGGUUCUUCACUCCUCUGCGUUUCUAAACGGGAUAAUUGGGGCGUUUUGUCGUUUGAGCGCGCAAGGUCUUAGAUGAGGCAAAGGGAAAAAGAAAAGCAUCGAAGACGUCCAGUUCAUGAGCUAGGGAUAACGUGCAAUAUACCAUAGCUGGAGGAAGAAUGGG